AACCUUAAAGUCCACAUGAGAAUUCACACUGGAGAGAAGCCAUUUGUAUGUGGUCAAUGUGGAAAACGUUUCCCACAUAAAGCAACCUUUUAUAGUCAUAUGAGAAUUCACACUGGAGAGAAGCCUUACACCUGCAAAUUGUGUGGAAAAACCUUGAAUCAAAAAGGAAAACUCAAGAUUCACAUGAGAGUUCACACUGGAGAGAAACCUUUCACCUGUGAUCAGUGUGGAAAGAGUUUUAGAAAAAACGGAAACCUUAAAGUCCACAUGAGAAAUCACACUGGAGAGAAGCCUUACACCUGCCAACAGUGUGGAAAGAGCUUCCCACGAAUUGAUAGUCUUAAGAGUCACAUGAGAAUUCACACUGGAGAGAAGCCAUUUGUAUGUGGUCAAUGUGGAAAACGUUUCCCACAUAAAGCAACCUUUUAUAGUCAUAUGAGAAUUCACACUGGAGAGAAGCCUUACACCUGCAAAUUGUGUGGAAAAACCUUGAAUCAAAAAGGAAAACUCAAGAUUCACAUGAGAGUUCACACUGGAGAGAAACCUUUCACCUGUGAUCAGUGUGGAAAAUGUUUCCCAUAUAAAGAAAGCCUUAAUAAGCACAUGAAGAUCCACUUAAGAGAGAGCUGUUUUAUAUGCCAUCAGUGUGGAACCAGUUUCACAGACAGGAAUCACCUUAAGAGGCACAUAAGGACUCACAUUGGACAUGAGUCUUUUAUGUGUUAUGACUGUGGAAAGAUUUUUAUAAAAAAAGCAAACCUCAAGACUCACAUGAGAGCUCACACUUGA